AUGCCUUCUCGCCAUGGAAAAUCGCAGAAGCCGCAUGCUGAUUAUAUUUCCAUGUCAACUGUUGAAGACUUGUCCUAUACUCCGUCUGUACAGGAGAGGACACGGGAUGCUGCUCAAAUCAUGGCUACAGGACGUCGAAGUUGGAAAACUUUGAAGGGUAGAGGCGAAGCGGUUUGGCCACCUCACUUAGAAGCGGCUUUGAUAGAAGCGUUGGAAAAAUAUAAGCCCGAUGACCCCCGGUCAAGCAAGAGUUCGGGUAGAUUCAGCAUGAGAAAUCGCUUUAUUUCGGACUACAUAUUUGAAAGUACCGGGAAGCAAAGGACUCCAAAACAGCUAAGAGACAGACGUCAUUCAGUCUUGCAGCUAAUAUCUCGUCGCAACAUUGAGGAUGACCCAGACUCUGGGGAGCACAUCUUCGCUCAAAGCCAACCCGCUUCGCCUUCACCGGAAAAUAAUCUGAUUCAAAGUCAGAGCCCCUCACGUUCAUCCAAGACCGUUUGGGUUAGCGUUGUCUUGGAGCGACUUUCAUGGUCUUCUCCAUCCCCAAUUAUCGAUCUUGUAAACAAUGAAAAAGUUAUACCUCAAGUGAUCCAUCUUACUCCUAAAAUCAGCAUGAACGCUUCAUCUUCGAGCUAUGGCUCUAUGGGCAUGGGAUUGUUAUCGCAUCUAGAGCCAUUAGUCACCCUUGCUUCACCUUACAAGCUGGAGCGCCAAUGCUCUUUCUCCCUAUUUUUGGACGGUUCUGGACUUCCAAUGCACAAGCACUCACACACCCAAAGCUCGGGAAUAAUGUAUAGUGGAAGGCUGAUUCCCGGAUUUUGGAGGUCACUCUGCGAAAGUACAGCACCCACUCGCUUCACCAUUGUACAGAAUUUAUGCCUUAUCCCGAAGUCGCCGAUUGAUCUCACAAAUGUGUCGAUCAUCUAUAACUUCACGCAUCCAGUAAAUACUGAAUUUUCACUUCCUGCGAUGUCGGCAUAUGACAAUGCCUUGGAUUUCUCCCUCCCCAUCUUGAAGCUUUGA